AGUCCCUAGACCAGCGUGCUUUGCGCCUGCCCAGUCUAGUGCAGGAGCGGCGUGUUCCAAGGUUGCUACAGAGUUGCUACACAUCUGGCUGGCAGAUGAACAACUGAUUCCGUGAAACCUGAGGUGUCUGACUGGAUGGAAGCCAUACUCUCAACCACAGUGCAGCAUCACUUCAGUUAAGAACUGUGUGACCCAGAGGUGGUGGAGUCCACAACCUGACAGAACCAUCGACUGACUUCUCCUGUUCUUGGCUAAAUUAUCAGCAGAGGCGGUACUCAUGGCUGGUCCUCUGUGGAGGGCUGCAGUCUUUAUACAGAGACAUAGAACAAGCCUGUUGGUGGGUUCCUGUGUGGGCCUGUUUGGAGUUCAAAUCUCAUUUCACCUCUUCCCAGAUCCCACAGUCCAGUGGCUCUACCAGUACUGGCCUCAGGGCCAGCCAGCUCCUCUUUCCCCUCAGCUGCAGAGCCUCUUCCAAGAGGUGCUAAAGGACAUAGGUGUCCCUUCAGGUCACUGCUACAAGCCUUUCACUGCCUUCACUUUUCAGCCUGUGAGUGCUGGCUUCCCACUAUUGCCUGCUGGGGCUGUGGUAGGCAUCCCCGCCAUCUUCCUGGGUGGCCUUGUGACCAACAUUGACCACACUGUGGUCAUACAUGGGCAAAAAGUGGAUUGGCAAAGCCCAGCAGGCACCAGGCUGAGAGAUGCCCUGACCCUGUCUCAUGAUGCCCAGAAGUUUGCCUUGGCCAAGGAGGUGGUAUACCUGGAGAGUGGCAUGGCUGCCCUACAGACCCUGCCAGCCCCUGCUUGCCUAGCAGGAACAUGGGCAAUAAGUGUGGGUGCCAAGCAUGCCCUGGGUCUCUACGGAGGCCCCAUGAGCUUACGAGCUGCCUUCAACCUGGUGGCAAUAGUGGUAGGCUAUGUGGCCUACGCCUUUUCCAAAGACUCCCUCACUGUUGCCCUGGAAGGCUGGCUGGACCGCCGCACGGCCUCUCUGUCUGCAGCCUAUGUCCGGGGUGGAGUGGAAUUCUAUGAGAAGAUUCUGUCAGGCAACUUAGCCCUACGCAGUCUUCUGGGCAGACAAGGGGAAAAGCUGUACACACCAAGUGGAAACAUUGUUCCCAGACACUGGUUCCGCAUCGACCAUUUGCCCUACACCACCCGUCGGGACUCUCUACUACAGAUGUGGAGGGCAAAAGUCAGCUCAGGCCACUUCUGAGAAUCCAGGCAACAGGGCAGUCCUGCCUCACCGAGGCACUGCCCCAGGAUGAGCUCUGGAGGAGUCUCUUGGUGUGGUUGCGUCACCAUCUUUGGAAUUAAACAACUCAACUCUGUCCUCCCCUUGAAUGGACUCUAGCUGAGCAUGAGUCCCUAUGUGAAUCUUGAGUCUUAUUUACCUCAACUGUGAAGUGGGAAGGACUGAUUGUAGAACGAGAUUGUGAACCUGAGGGCCAGGUAGAAAGCAGCAUAAAUAAACAGGACUUUCUUCCCUCAUGGUCUCUGAAUUCUAAUGGGCCAUGGAAGUCAAA